GGUGGAAUGCAGGAGGGGAAGGACCUUUGGCAAAGAGCCAUUGCCUGUAGGACCCGAAGAUCCUGAGUGUCAGACUGGAGGCCUAUGGCCCCAGGGAAUCAUCCAUGCUGAUGAGCCCCGAGACCCGACACCCCAGGACUGCAGCUUCUGGAAGCAGGGUAGGAAGUGACCCAGAGAGAGUGCGUGAGUGGUAAUGUCCCAUCCAAGUGAGUCCUCUGCAGUUUGCCUGAAGGGAGGAAGAAAGAACAGCUUGUGUCACAUGCUAGUCAUGUUGCUGAAUGCACUAUGGGAAAGUGCUUAGAUACCAUGGUGAUGGGAGUAGUAUAUCGGCUAAAACAGAACAGAAAACAGAGAGGAGUCCAGAUUCCCAACAGAAAAUGCUGAGUCCAGAUAAGCAACAAAUGCUUGAAGGAGACAACUGUGUAUUUGACGGGGUUAUUUAUCAGAGUGGGGAGACGUUCCAGCCCAGCUGUAAAUACCAGUGUGCCUGCAGAGAUGGUCAGAUUGGCUGUGUGCCCCGCUGUAACCUUGACCUACUGCUCCCUGGUCCUGAUUGCCCUUUCCCAAGGAAAACUGAAGUCCCAGGAGAGUGCUGUGAGAAGUGGACUUGUGACCCUAAAGAGGAAGUGACUUUGCGCAGUUUUGCUAUGGCUGUGUAUAGAAAAAAAUCGACUCUUGGAAUUGGUGUCUCUGACUCAAGUUCCAACUGUAUUGAGCAGACAACAGAAUGGAGUUCAUGUUCCAAAAGCUGUGGAAUGGGCUUUUCCACACGCAUUACAAACAGGAAUCCUCAGUGUGAGAUAGUGAAGCAGACACGACUCUGCAUGGUGCGACCUUGUGCGAGCGAACAGCUGAUUGAUAAGAAGGGGAAAAAGUGUGUCCGAACAAAGAAGUCAUUGAAAGCUGUUCACUUUGAGUACAAGAACUGCACUAGUAUACAGACAUAUAAACCCCGCUAUUGUGGGUUCUGCACUGAUGGACGAUGCUGCACACCACACAACACCAAAACAAUCCAGGUUGAAUUCCAGUGUCCCCAGAGCAAAGUCCUCAAAAAGCCAAUGAUGCUGAUCACUACCUGUGUCUGUCAUAACAACUGUCCCCAGGACAAUGUUUUCUUCCAGCUGUUAGAGCCAAUGUUCAAUGGGGUAAAGAUAUGAAACACUUAAACCAGGUUACUUUUUAAAAAACUUAAUGUUUGAACAGUUUAUAUGAAACUUGCAUUCAUCUGAUCAUGGGUUAAUAUAUCCAGUCUUUCUAAACUCAUCACUUCUUCCUGUAGUCAAAUAACUCAUGCUAUACUUCAGGGGAGGAAAAAUAACGAAGAAAGUUCAGUGUUAUGGAAUAUAGUUUCAUCUUUAAUGUAAAAAUGCGUAAGCAAAUGGUCAAUUUCUCUCCUCCUUGGGAAAUUUUGCCCUUGACCUCACUAGCAACAGGAUCAGUGCCCUUUAUCAUGCAUUUAUUAAAAAAUCCUCUUCCUGUUACUUUAUGUAAAACUUGCAUGUUCUCAUCCUCUCAAUUUCAUAAUGUACUAACUCUCUUUUUCUACAUAACAGUUCAUUAUACUGAGAAUCAGGGGACACAUGUGACCCCAAAAAUGCUAGAGAAGAGGUAUAAGACACAAGGCAGAUGAGAGAAACUUCACUAAUCUCCAGAUAUUUAAUGGCUUCAUAAGGAGCCAAAUCCAAAUCCUGUUGAAGUUGACCAUCUAAUAAUACCUAGUUCUUACAGCAAUCUUCAAAGGAGGAUUGGUAUUCUUAUCCCUGUUUACAGAUGGGGAAACUGAGGCACAGGGCAGUGAAGUGACUUGCCCAAGGUCACCUAGUGCUCAAGCCAGGAAUAUGAUCAUGUCUAAAUCACUAUCCAGUUCUCUAGCCAUUAGGCAACACUGCCUCCCAAGUGUUAUUACAAUGUUAGUCUACAAAAGUAAAAGGUUUGUAAAUUACUUAUAAGUAUUGUUACUCUUUCUAUAAAAUGGAACACAAUAUAUGUAAAUAGAAACUGUAUAUAUUGUAAUGUAUCUCUGUAAAUGUCUAAGCACUGAGUAAAUAAAACUGUGAGCUGAAACUUUU